CUGUUACAGUGCACAUAAUCAUGGCCAUAUUAGCCCGGGUACGAGGACACCGGCCGCAUGCACUCUUCCGUACUCAAGGGUCUGAGAAUUUUGAAAUUUUGAAACUUUCACGUGCAUUUUCGAUCGCGUUUUCCAUCUUCUCGCCUCUCCUGAGCAGCUUCUAUGCCACUCAGAAGAACAACGACCGAAGCAACUGAGACAUGUACAUCUACUGCAGCGACUCCAAAAGGAACUACAUCGAAAUUCGGAAAAACCAAUCUUCCGCGAUCUCUUUUCGUUCUUCAUGUCAGUUCGUACCACACAGUGGCACACACGUAGAUACCUUUUGUGAUAGUGAUAUUCGCCCCCUUCCUUCCCUGUUUCCUGAGUUUUCCGACGACUUCUCUUAGUUUUUGCGUGUUCUUCAUUCAGGUGAGGAACCAUUCGCGCAAGCCCCGUCGCAAUCCGUUCCUAAAUUUUUCUAACCGACCCAUCGGACAAAUUUUGCUUGAUUGCUGCAGGAAUGGCCACUCACUUGCAAGCCCUGACACUUCUCUGUCGUGUCGGUGGUGUGCGCUUGACUAAAUGUAAGCAAACUACACUGUAUAGUGUCCGCGAAAAUGCGGACGGUCUAAAAAAAGCGUUUGGGAUAGACGUCAGCCAAGACAAGCCUGAUAUCCACCCCACACGCUUCUGCAGUACGUGCAACAAAACUGUCAACAGGGCACUAUCCAGUGACAAAUACAAUCGUUGUGGUGGAGGAUGUGCAUCCCCUGUGGAGUGGUUACCCCAUGAUGCUGAGAGUCAGUGUAAGACAUGUUCAAGAGUGGAGAAAAUCAAAAUUGGUGGACGACCCGCAAAGAAAAAACGCACAACUGUACCCCCUGUACGUUCCCAACCAGACACACAAUGCACCAGUUCCACACAACCCACGCAGUCAUCACAGAUUUCUCCAGCUGCAUCUGGUAUACAGUCCAACACAAGCAGUACAAGCAGCACAAUGGUACCAACGCCUGCUGAGAAGCAGCUCCGCCCUGCAAGUAUUUCCGCAACAAACGAGUCGCUACAGGGGCAAGAUAUCGCCAAGUCAGAGUUAAUAAGCAGAGCUACACCAAGUUACAAAACAGAGAGAGAACUAAGCCCAGACAGAUUUAUCAUGAAUUUCUCUGAGCUGAUCUGUAGCAUCUGCAAACACAUUCUGGACAAAUCUGUGCAGGCAAGCUGUUGCGGAAAGAAUUUUUGUGUAGAUUGCAUAUGGCAUUGGCUGGUCAUGCAUGCUUCGUGUCCAGUAUGCCGCAGUCCACUCCAAGCAUCACAGUUGCUGACUCCUAGCCUGACGCUGAAGAACUGUUUAGCCGAAGUGCUUGUCCGUUGUGACAAUUAUCUUGACUCUUUCAAUGGUUGUAGUGUGCAUAUACCACUAGCUAGUCUUCAGCACCAUGGCCAGACAUGCACCAAUACAGGCAAGCACACCAUCACACCUACAACUCCCGUUGGUGACAUUCUUCAUGCAUCACCAAAGAAGUUGCAGGGCAAUGUUGCCGAAAAGUUGACAAGCCACCUGGUGCGAUCGAAGUCAGACAAUGGACUACUUCAUCUCAGAAGCCAGGGUCCCUCCCAGAUUUGGAAGAAAACGACAGUUGGAACAGUUUCAUCUGACGAAGCAUCAGAGCGGACACAGCGUCGCAGAUCCCUAGAGUUACGCCAAACCGAGCAGCUCGUUUGCGGCAGCAGUGCUAGCAGUAUUCAAGCGCAGCAAGCUGCCACUAUUCGUCGCAUGCCAGAAGAGGAGCGGAGGGCAUUGCUGAUUGCAGCAGGUGUGUUGCCAAGAUCAAUAGAAAAAGGCAGCACACUAGCCAUGAAGGCUGAUCUUCACAUGCCCUGGUUUCAGCUCAGGAAGCUCAAGGUCUGGCUGAAGGAUUACGGCUUGCAUCUUGAGUCUGAAGGUACUAUGCGGCAGCAGCUGAAUGAACACCUAAAGGUCAACAUAGUUGCAGAGGAUGUGCCAUUUGUGAUUGGCAAGACCGCCGAAAUAGAGAUGAGGCCAAUGGUGGCGCUACCUGAUCUCGUUGGAACUGUGCACGGCUAUCUGGACCAGCUGGACAGCACUGAGCAAUUGUUCUGGCAUGCUGGUGUCAUACCAGAGGACCAGAUAUGGGUCAAAGUGGGUGGCGACCAUGGCGGUGAUUCGUUUAAAAUGUCUGUGCAAGUUUGCAAUGUACGCCAUCCUAAUUCCAUACGGAAUAUCAUUCCAUUUGUCGUCUUUGCCGCGAAGGACUCGCCAGCAAACCUUGCCACUGCUCUCCAGCCAUUUGCGUCGCAAAUCAAUCUCCUCAGCAGCACUCUGUGGCAUGGAAGAUCCGUGAGAGUUCUACUGUUUGGCGACUAUGAGUUUCAAACUCAGCAGUAUGGACUCUCCGGAUCAAGUGCAGUGCAUCCUUGCCUUCACUGCGAGGCCACAAAGACCGAGUUCCAACAGCCUGGUGCCACGUCCAACUGUCGGUCACUAGCUUCACUUGAGACAUGCCACUCAGCGUUUGUUGCAGCGGGAGCUCGUCUGCCCGAUGCCAAAAGAUUUAAGAACUGCAUCCGUCCCGUCAUUCUGCCCAUACCCAUUGAAGAUGCAAUCAUCCCAGUCCUCCACCUUGACUUGGGCAUCUUCAAGUGGAUUUUUGAGGCGCUGGUGAAGGACUGUCAGACACUGGACAUGUCCCUGGCUGCAUCUGGGCCUGCCACACCUGCUGACAGCCAGCAGUUCUCGACCAUUGUGGCCAAACACCAAAAGUUGCGGGAGAAGCAGGAUGAGCUGAUUGCUGUUAACGCCUCUGCCCAGCAGUUGAGGAAUCAGCUUGAUUGGCUGGCAUUGCACAGCAACACGCUACUCCCAGCGCAGAUCCAGGCAGCAGCUGGGGUGAUCCAAGUCCAGUGUGCCCAGCAGGCAGCAUCCAGGUCAUCUCUGGAGGAGGAGACUAGCAGUCUUGUCGAGGAGAUCCAGCGGAUCACGGGCACCAUCAGUGGCCCAUGCGAGCAGUCCCUAGACAAGGUAUUGCAGCGCAACAACAUCUGUCGCCAACGGUACCAUGGAGGAAGCUUCAUCGGCAACCAUGUUCACCACGCUUUGCAGAGCACCGUCAUUGAGCAAUUGGCUUCAGCACCGCUGGCAGUCAUACAAGAGGACGGACGCACCGCCUCUGCCAGUGUUCUGUCGGAUGCCACUGAUGUUUGCAGCCGAUACAUGGCUCUUAUGGAGCAGUUCGCUGCAUGCAGGCGACGUUACUUGUCUUGCAAGAAGAUGACACCUGAAGAUUUGGCGGCCUUCAAAUCCGACGUCAGGACGUUCAUGGGCACUGCUCGUGCUGAAAUUGUGAGACGAAAGCUUGGCCACAUUACGCCGAAGCUACACCUCCUGGAGGCACAUGUACCAGCCUCAAUGGAUACGUUCGGCGUUGGUCUCGGACUCCUUGCUGAGCAAGGAGGUGAAAGCAUCCAUGCGGAAUUCAACUCUCUGGAAAAGCGUCACGGCGGGAUCGUCAACAACUUGGAGCGCCUGAAAGUCACAGUCAGGCAGCACCUCUCAUCUACGCUACCGCAUUUAGCUUCUCUGCUCCCAGAACGAUCUACUCGAAAGCGAAGACGCAAGGAGUGA